CUGCAGUUUUCUUAUUCCUUGUGCUGUUUAUUAAUCUUGCUUUUCCCCCCGCUACAUCCGGAUUUCUUAAUCCAUAAUAGAUCUGUUUGAUAUCAAAGUUUUGCAAGUUAGUUGCUUUGAACUGGCAUGUGGAAUCUUUCUGUCUUUUUCCAUGGUUGAUUGGACUUGCGGUUGGUUUCUUUUACAAAUGAAUAUACACAGCUCAGUGUGUUUGCUUUGAUCUAUUAUGGUUGUAUCAUCUUCGAAAAGGAAUUGCAAAGAUGCUUGAAUUUCAAGAUUCAUGGUUAGGCUUUAUCAAAUUUUUAUUAACUUUUAUCCGUUUCAAAAUGAAUGUUUGAUGUUUGAUUGAUCGUUAAAUAAUUGAGUGGAAAUAUGGUUGACAAUGAAAAGGGAUUUUCCGGGUAUAAAAUAUACAUUUUUUUCUUAUUUAAAGUCAAUAUAUCGUGGAAUUUGUCUUUUGUUGAUUCGUGAUGAUUUGGUGCUUUCCUAGGAUGAUGAAGUAUCAAAAUUUUUCUUUGUGGAUUAUCAGCCCAGUAAUUAUACUGUAAAUUGAAGUGAAAAUUUAUGAUAGUUAAGGGGAGUCCUAAAAGUUGGUUAGGAUUAUAGCCGUUGGAGAGUUAUGUGACCCGCGCCUAUAUAUAUGUGCAGACUUAUUGAAUCCGUGUAGCCUGUGGUCUUUUGAAUCAAUGCAGUGAAUUGUUCUGUUCUCUAGUUCUCUCUUCUCCUCUGUUCUCCUCUCUUUCUGGUCCCGAUUGCAUACCUACAACAAUGACCCCUGUGUUGCUUCCAUGCUAUGUGCGUAGUUUGUACUUAAAGACUCACCGGUUCAUGGUGCCAUAUAAGGUCGUUGCCAUAAGAACUAGUGUGAUGGGCAAACUUCUACCUUUAUACUCAUUCUUAUUUACCAUGAUCGUUGCUUGAUGGUUAUCUUGUGUGACUUUAUAUAUACUUACAAGAUAUAUUUAUAUGAAUUUUGUCCUAAAUCUUGUAUUGAUGCAUAUUAUAUUUUUUUUUUCUGCAGGUUCAAUUAUUAUGAAGUUCGUGUUUUCAUUUCUGCAACUUCAGCUGUCUUAUCAAGUGUGAUUAACUUAUCUUCUGGUUUUAAAUCAAAUUUGAAGAAUGAUUCUUUCUGCUCUUUUAACUUCUGUCGGAAUCAACCUUGGGCUCUGCUUUUUAUUUUUCACCCUGUACUCUAUAUUGAGGAAGCAGCCUGGUAAUAUCACCGUUUAUGCACCUCGCUUGGUAACUGAAGGAAAAUUUCAGCAGGGAGAUCAUUUUAGCUUGGAACAACUAUUACCGACUGCUAGCUGGGUGAAAAAAGCAUGGCAGCCCUCUGAAGAGGAAUUGAUAUCAAAAUCUGGUUUAGAUGGUUUUAUCUUCAUGCGCAUGUUUAUAUUUAGUCUCAGAGUAGUUUCUGUUGGUGGAAUUGUUGGGAUCUUCAUUCUUCUUCCGAUCAAUUAUAUGGGGAGUCAGCUUAAUGAUCAUUCUGACUUUCAAAACAAGUCUUUGGACUCAUUCAGUAUUUCUAAUGUCAACAAUGGCUCAAACAGGUUAUGGGUUCAUUUUUGUGCUGCAUAUGUUUUUACGGGAGUUGUCUGCUAUCUUCUUUAUUAUGAGUAUGGCUAUAUUACAUCAAAAAGAAUUGCUCGCUUUUUUUCAUCUGAACCCCUGCCUCAUCAAUUUACCAUAUUAGUCCGUGGUAUUCCUGUUCCACCGGGAUGCACCUGCAAUGAAACUGUUGAGCGGUUUUUCAAGGAGUAUCAUCCUUCUACUUAUCUUUCACAUUCUGUAAUUCGGCAAAGCAAUAAACUUCAAAGUCUUAUUAAUGAUGCAGAGAAACUGUACAAGAAGUUUACAGUAAUAAAGGAUAAAAGUGAAGUUGCUCAAAGGCAAAGGCGUGAUGGUUGUUUGGGACUUUUUUGGCAAAAAGUUGAUCGUUUAGAUCAUUAUGAGAGGAGACUGCUGGACAUAGAAGAUAAUUUGAGAAUGGAACAGUCUUCACUAUCAGGAAAGGAAGUUCCAGCUGCCUUUGUCUCAUUUAAGUCAAGAUUUGGAGCUACAAUAGCUUUGAACAUUCAAGAAGGUAUCGAUCCCACAAAAUGGAUUACUGAGAAAGCUCCUGAUCCCCACGAUGUGCAUUGGCCUUUCUUUUCUGAGUCAUUCAUAAAAAGAUGGGUUGGGAAGCUCGUGGCUGUUGUUGCCUGUGCUGCUCUUACAAUUCUGUUUUUCAUCCCUGUGGCAAUAGCACAAGGUCUUACCAAUCUGGAGCAGUUGGAAACCUGGUUCCCUUUUCUUAAAAGCAUACUAAGAAUGGCAGUUGUGAGCCAAGUUAUAACAGGAUAUCUUCCCAGUCUGAUUCUGCAAUUGUUUCUAUCUGCUGUGCCACCUAUUAUGAUUAUGCUUUCAUCCUUGCAAGGAUACAUCUCAUGGAGUCAGAUACAGAAAAGUGCAUGUACCAAAGUAUUAUGGUUUACCAUAUGGAACAUAUUCUUUGCAAAUGUGCUCUCAGGGUCUGCUCUCUAUCGGGUUAAUGUCUUUCUAGAGCCAAAAAAAAUUCCCACACUACUGGCUGAAGCUGUACCUGCACAGGCAUCAUUCUUCAUAGCAUAUGUUGUGACAUCCGGAUGGACCAAUGUAGCAUCAGAACUCUUUCAGUUGCUUCGAUUUCUUUGUAAUUUGAAAAGUAGAAUUUGUUCUGGGAACCGUGUUGAUGAUUUUGAAGCCCCUUCAAUCCCCUAUCACAGUGAAAUUCCGGGGAUUCUUUUAUUUGUUCUUCUUGGCAUCACAUACUUCUUCCUUGCUCCAUUAAUACUGCCCUUCCUCUUGGUCUACUUUUGUAUGGGAUACAUCAUUUAUCGCAACCAGCUCUUGAAUGUUUAUGUGCCAAAGUAUGACUCUGGAGGAGAAUUUUGGCCUAAAGUUUACAACUGCACGAUUUUUUCCUUGGUGCUGAUGCAUAUUAUAGCCAUUGGAAUAUUUGGUCUGAAGAAGCUUCCCCUCGCAUCUGGCUUCACUGUGCCUCUCCCAAUUCUGACACUUCUAUUUAAUGAUUACUGCCAGAAACGAUUCUUUCCUUUGUUGAAGGAUUUUCCUGCUCAGUGUUUGAUAAAGAAAGAUAGACAAGACCAAGAUGAUCCUCACUUGUCUGAAUUCUAUGAUAAGUUAACCAGGGCGUAUGAUGAUCCAGCUUUGAUGCCAAAGAAAUAUACAGAAAGGAAUGAUAGCCCUACUUCUCCUCUACUGCAUAAUUCUGAUGUUUGAAUUCAUAAUUAUCCCCCAGUGGUGGUGGCUGCAUCUUUAGUAUUAACAAUUUACAGAAUUUGUCAGAUGGGUUGUUUGUUACAGGCAAUGUGUCCUCAUCAGUUUUAAAACUUAUUUUCAGUUCUUGUUGUAACUGGUUUUCUUGUGCAUGAAAUGAGAACUUUGGUCAGUUGUCUCCUGUAACUUGUUUGUAACUGCAUAUUAUUGCCUUGGUAUGUCUGUCCGUAGUCUUUCUUAUAUUACUUUAACAUAAGAGCUA